UUUCUCUCACAUUCAAGCGAAAAAGGUGGGAGCAUAGUGUGUCUAGCUAGUCAAGCAGUAAACUACUUUUCCAGCGGCGUGGAUUGAGAUCCAAGUUUGGAAUCAAUGGCCGAUGAACACGAGAAGCACGAAUCCGCUGCUGAAUCUCUGAUCGAUAAGAUCACUGACAAAUUCCACGGCAGCGGUUCGUCGUCAUCUGACUCCGAUAACGAUGGGGACCUCAAAUCAGCGGCAUCCGCCGUGAAGGCCAAGAUCUACCGUUUGUUCGGCCGCGAGAAGCCUGUGCACAAGGUUUUGGGCGGCGGAAAACCUGCUGACAUUUUCCUAUGGAGGGACAAGAAAGUCACUGGUGGUGUGAUAGGUCUUGCUACUGCAAUUUGGGUGCUUUUUGAGCUGCUUGAGUAUCACCUGCUCACUCUAGUUUGCCACAUCCUGAUUCUUGCAUUAGCAGUCACUUUCUUGUGGUCCAAUGCAUCCACCUUCAUCAACAAGUCCCCGCCAAAGAUCCCUGAAAUCGCUCUUCCUCAGGAUGUUGUCCUAGGCGUAGCAGGAGCCCUUAGGACAGAAAUCAACUCACUUUUUGCUUUGCUUCGUGUUGUAGCAUCUGGACGAGACUUGAAGAAAUUCCUUGCUGUGAUUGCUGGCCUUUGGAUUGUUUCAAUACUGGGAUCCUGCUUCAACUCCCUUACCCUGUUUUACAUAUGCUUUGUUUUGCUGCACACGGUUCCUGUUCUUUAUGAGAAGUACGAAGAUCAGGUUGAUGCUUUUGCCGAGAAAGCUGAGGCUGAGUUCAAAAAACAAUAUGCUGUGUUUGAUGCCAAGGUUUUGAGCAAAAUCCCGAAAAGUCUUAAAGAUAAGAAGCUUGCCUAGAAGACUCCUUCAUGUGAGGUGGUGCUACUCGGUCUUGAAAGGCCUCGUAUUUCCAUUUCCCUUGUUGUUGUGGCUAAGUUGUCCGAUGCCCCGAUGGAACGAACCCGUGUUUGGUCGUUUUUUUUUUCUCAUAUGGUUUCAUAGUUUAAAAUGCUUACUGAUAUUGAUUUAGGCGGUUUUGAGUUUGUCUUUGCAACAGUGUUUGGAAAUUAUAUUGCUUUUAUAAUUAUGGGUAGCCGAAUAUUAAUUGGCGUGA